GGUUGUAAACACUGCUGAGAUGAUAAAUGACAAUUAAAAAUUUAAACAAGGCAGGGUAGACGACAGAUCACAGACGUCAAAAUUUUAAAUAUUCGACUUCAAAGCAGAUAAAGCUUAAGAAAAAUUUAAAUUUAUUAGUACCAUUAGUCUUUAGAAAUGUUACGCAGCAUUUUGAAGAGGCCUGUUUACAAUUAUGCUAUUCAUUUAUUAAAGUUUUCGUCAGUACAAACAGAAAAAUUAAUAUGGAACAAACAGUACGCCAACUGUAAAAUUCAAGGCAAGAUAAUACAAGUAGAUGUUCUACGAAAUUUUUCUUCAAAACAACCUCGUAUUGAAGAAGUGGUAGUAGAUUAUGAUUAUGUUAAAAAAGCUAUAUCUAAUGAAAAAAUUUUACUCAUUGAUGUAAGAGAACCAGACGAAGUAAAAGAAUUUGGAAAAAUCCCAAAUAGUGUCAACAUUCCAUUGGGAAAUGUGUCUACGGCACUACGUACAAUGACAGAAAAUGAAUUUGAAAAAUUGUAUCACAUUAAGAAACCUACUGAGGAGACUGAAAUGAUAUUUUAUUGUAUGUCUGGAAAAAGAUCUGGUAUGGCACAACAGAAUGCUUUUAAUCUGGGAUAUAAAAAUGUGAAAAAUUAUCUUGGAAGUUGGAUAGAAUGGUCUAUCAAAAUGCAGUAAGCAAGCUGUAGCAAAAAUGAAUAUUAAAAGCUAGUCCAAUGUCCUAAUGAUACUUAUUUGUUAUUUAUUUUGUAGAUUUUUUCUUUUAAAUAAAACUAGUUGUGAUA